CUCCGGAUGACGCCGGCCCGGCUUCUAAUCUGCCCGAGAUUCGUUUUGUGCGUAGUUACACGCUCCGCUAGAAAGCUGGGCGGGGGGGGGGCGUGUCUUUGUGGUCUUUAUAUAGGGCGUAGCUGUCGCAUACAGCAGGCGCUCUAUAAAUGCUCAUCCAUCGGCCGGCCUGGCGGAUUUCCGCUGGGGACGGCCGAGUUAUGCUGCGGAGUUCCUAGGCCGUCCCGCGGACACGGGGCCUGGGCCUGAGCGCAGGGAAGGACUCGGGCAGGGGCGCUCUUGAGAAACGGCGCCGAACUUUCUGGGUCUCUCGGGGCCUCCCGCAGCCAAGCCCCGGCAUUUUAACCGCCGCCAGAUAACGGUAGUGGGCCGAGAACUUUCUCCGGAAGCACAGAAGCCGCUUCUAGCGGUGACCUUCGGAGGCAGGCGCGAGGGGGGAUGGUUUGUGUGAGCGUGGGGGAGGGAGGGUGGACCAUGGGACCGGAAAAGGAAACGGGCCGGUUUAGCUACUAGGAGAAGCUAUAGUUAGUCACUGGCACGCGCCGAGAGCCCCGACGGGAUAUCGCGAGAACUGGAGUAAGCGCGAGCCCCGGGUGGAGUCCACCCUCCCCCAUCUCCUCCCUCCCGUUCUUCCUUCGCACGUCCCAGGAUCGCUGCGGUUGGCCCUGCGGGCUUGAGUGACGCCUCCUCCCGUAGGUGGAAGAGCCGUCAGUUAUACCGUUUAGUAUCGGUUAGACCUCGAGUAGGCUUUUACGCGGAUUGGUGGCCCCCAGAAGCGCCGCCCCGGAAUCCCGUCAGCCCGCAGCAACGUUGCAAAGGCGGGAAGCAACGCACACGCGGUGGCCUAGGAGGCCCCGGUGGCCCCGCCUUACUUCCGGGCGAGACCAUUUUUUUUUCCCGUCUCCUCCUUGGUCUUUUUAGGCGAUGGUGCUUUCCCCGUCCUCUGAGUGGAGAUCUUGACCCGGAAGAGGUGGGGCUAGCGACGGUUAAGGUUCUUGCGUGUCGGGCGGGAGGCCCGCAUUGCGAUUGGGGCUUCAGGCUGCCGCCAUGGUGCUGCUGCACGUGCUGUUUGAGCACGCGGCUGGCUACGCGCUGCUGGCGCUGAAGGAAGUGGAGGAGAUAAGCCUGCUGCUGCCGCAGGUGGAAGAAUGUGUGCUGAACAUAGGCAAGUUUCACAGCAUUGUCCGGCUUGUGGCCUUUUCCCCAUUUAAAUCUGCCCACAGUGCUCUAGAGAAUGCUAAUGCUGUGUCUGAAGGCAUUCUCCAUGAGGACCUCCGCCUUUUUUUGGAAACCAACAUGCCUGCUAAGAAGAAGAAAGCUUUGCUGGGUGUUGGAGACCCCAAGAUUGGGGCUGCAAUCCAAGAGGAGUUAGGCUACCCUUGCCAGACGGGAGGUGUUAUUGCUGAAAUCCUCAGAGGAGUUCGCCUGCACUUUCACUCUCUGGUGAAAGGUCUUACUGAGGUUUCAGCUUCCAAGGCCCAACUGGGACUAGGACACAGCUACUCUCGGGCCAAGGUCAAGUUCAAUGUGAAUAGGGUGGACAACAUGAUCAUCCAGUCCAUCAGCCUUCUUGAUCAGCUGGACAAAGACAUCAACACCUUUUCUAUGCGUGUCAGGGAGUGGUAUGGCUAUCAUUUUCCUGAGCUGGUAAAGAUUGUUAGUGACAAUGCCACAUAUUGUCGCCUGGCCCAGUUCAUUGGCAAUCGCAAAGAACUGAAUGAGGAGAAACUAGAAGCUCUGGAGGAGCUGACAAUGGACGGGGCCAAGGCCCAGGCUAUCCUGGAUGCUUCUCGGUCUUCCAUGGGCAUGGACAUUUCUCCCAUUGACAUGAUCAAUAUUGAGAGUUUUUCAAAUCGAGUGGUAUCUUUAUCUGAGUAUCGUCAGAGUUUGAACACAUAUCUGCGCUCCAAGAUGGCCCAGGUGGCCCCCAGCCUGUCAGCCCUUAUUGGGGAGGCGGUUGGUGCCCGACUGAUCUCCCAUGCUGGGAGCCUUACAAAUCUGGCCAAGUACCCCGCAUCCACAGUGCAGAUCUUGGGGGCUGAGAAGGCACUGUUCAGAGCCCUGAAGACUCGGGGAAAUACCCCCAAAUAUGGACUCAUAUUCCAUUCAACCUUCAUUGGCCGUGCAGCUGCCAAAAAUAAAGGCAGAAUUUCCCGGUACCUGGCAAACAAAUGCAGCAUUGCAUCCCGGAUCGACUGCUUUUCUGAGGUUCCCACAACUGUGUUUGGAGAGAAGCUACGGGAACAGGUAGAAGAACGCCUAUCAUUCUAUGAGACAGGAGACCCACCCCGAAAGAACCUGGAUGUCAUGAAGGAGGCAGUGAAUGAGGCAGGGGAAGUGGUUGCAGAGAUUAGGAGGAAGCAGGCCAAAAAGGAAAAGAAACGUCUGAAAAAAGAGAAGAAGCGCCUGGAGGCUUUGGCAGCAGCAGAAAACAGCAUUUCUGAGAAUGGACAGGAGACAGAGAAUGGGGAAGAAAAGCCAAAAAAGAAGAGGAAACGGCAGGUAGUAGAAGAGACAGAGGAAGCCCCACAGGAGCUGGCCACCUCCCCUAAGCCCAAGAAGAAAAAGCUCAUGUGCCCAGAAGAGGACGGUGUAGCAGACUCACCCAUGCCAGUCAAGAAGAAAAAGAAAAAGGCCCCAAAGAAUCUAGAGACUGAGGACUAGGAGUGGCUGUGAACCCAGGACCUGAAGCUCCUGGGGCUCAGCAUCUGUGGUGAUUUAGCACCCCAUUCACCCUCCCUUCCCUCAACCCCAAUAAAGACAUGAACUCAA